CUCUGUUGCCGCAGUGUCUGACGAAACUACAUAUCGUUAAAACAUUACGCAAGUCCUCCGUAAAAUCCGUACCAGACUGUGCCUCAAAUACUCAUCACAAUGACCUUCCCCAGAAUGCCAGCGGACACUCGGACCAAUUACCGCCUUCGCCUGGCCGCCCUGGGAGCCGAUUGCAGCACAAGCUUCCUCUUUUUGUUUACUCUUCUUAUGCUCUUGACGUGGACAUGUUAUGGACACGCACCGGGGACAAGUGGAGAGUCCAUUAUCCUUUCGUCACUCGCAGCACCAUUAGGGAAAUUGCCCCCGCAAGCACAGUCCCCACGACACACAGCGCUCCCUUUACAUGAUAAACGCCACACAACGGAAGACGUCGCGGAGGAAGAUACCACGCCACAGAGCGUAUCAGAAGUCCCACCUCUCCGUUGUUGCAGCCGGUGGGCAUCUCUAUUCGGAGCGCCCUGCAAUUGCAUCGACGCUCAGUUCUAUGAAUGGGGCGGAUAGAACCUGAAGCCCUUCCUGCACGGCUUCAUUCGAACGUUCGUUGUGCUACAGGUUUGCAAAGCGAGAGCAACCCGCUGAUGCCGGCGAGCAAUGGGAUGCAAGAUAUGAGAGGACACUGCCAGAGAUUGAGUGAGGAAUAAUCGAAUGUAUGAAUUGAAUGUUGAUCUAGUUGCAGUAUAUACACCGGUAUGUUUAACUUGAUGACUUUACUUAUUGAUAAAAUAUAUAUGCUGA